GACGACAUAAAUAAUCGGGAAAUUGAAACGGUUGUGUCGGUACCCUGCGAAAUCACCCAGUUACAUUAUAAAUCUGAAAGAUCCGAACUGAAACAAAAUGACGAAGAACUUCUUUUUCCGCCAGCUGUUCGACAGGGAGAGCUGCACUUACACGUACCUGCUGGCGGAUGUGGCCAGCAAGGAGGCCGUCAUCAUCGACCCCGUGAUCGAGCUCUCCGACCGGGACGCCCAGCUGGUCAGCGACCUCGGCUUCAAACUCGUCUAUGCCAUCAACACGCACAUGCACGCGGACCACAUCACGGGCACGGGCCGGCUGAAGCGGCUGGUGCCGGGCGCCCGGUCGGCCAUCUCGGCGGCGGCCGGCGCCGACGCGGACGUCAAGCUGGAGGACGGCGGCGCGGUGCGGUUCGGCGGACUGGAGCUGGAGGUGCGCGCCACGCCCGGUCACACCGAAGGCUGCGUGACGUACGUGCUGCACUCGCAGCGGAUGUGCUUCACCGGCGACGCCCUGCUGAUCCGGGGCUGCGGGCGGACCGACUUCCAGGGCGGCUCCAGCGACACGCUGUUCGACUCGGUGCACCAGAGGAUCUUCACGCUGCCCGAGGACUACGCCGUGUACCCGGCGCACGACUACAAGGGUCAGACGGCCAGCUCGGUGGGCGAGGAGAAGCGCCUGAACCCGCGACUCACCCGCUCGCGCCAGGAAUUCUGCGCCAUCAUGGCCGGCCUCAACCUGGCCUACCCCAAGAAGAUCGACGUGGCGCUGCCGGCGAACCGGGUGUGCGGCCUGCACAACAUCCCCGACGAGAUCGCCGCGCUGUUCGCUGAGAAGUAGGUGAGCUGGCCGGCCCUGCCAGCGCUGGCGCCAGGUGCCGGCCCGCGCCGGAGAACGCUGGGUGGACGCCGCGGAGAAUGGGGAGACUGCCGGCGAGAUGGGGCGAGGUGGGAGGAGUGAGGUGCGCUGGGUGGACGUCGUAGCGGAUAGGUGAGCUCUGCCGGCGGGAGGAGCGAGCCGCGCUGGGUAGAGAUGUGAGAGGUGUAGCGAGGGGGGGGGGUUGCUGCUGCUGCUGCUGCUGCUGCUGAAGUGGGAACUUACUCAGUUGGACUGCUGGCUGCUGUCUGUGAUCGGGGUGUAGAGCUGCGUUGGCCACGUAGCGCUGCGAUGAGCACGGGUUCUCUGGCGGGAGCACCGCUCCAGCUGUGACCCCUCGUAGGGAGACGUCACCUCUGGCGGAGGUAACUGAUUGGCUCGCCUCGAGGCCCCGACACUCUGACCGCGGAGAAAGGCCGGUAGCGGACAGCGAUAGUGGGACAGGAAGAUAGCGGUCAUCCGGGAUAUGUAGGGAGGCGUAGCGAAGGUCCAUUCCGUGCCACUGACCACGUGCCUGGUGUUGGCAGAGUGGCGGGAGGGCACUGAACUACCGCCCCACAUAUUUUCAGUAGCGGAGGGACUGUACGGUGCAGCGGGCUUAGCUGUAGAAGGCGUUACGGGUAAAGGCCGUUAAGUGCCCAGCUUCUACGGCGGCGUGAGAGGCUCUGGCGUGUGGCGAUGUGAGUGGUUGAUCAAACGCAAUUGACGAGACUGAUGUACACGGCCUCUCUACCGCGAGUAGCUCUGGAUCUUGUGGACUUCCUCCUGGAAGGGGUUUGGCUAUAAUUAGGAUAUUACACUACGUAUGUUGUGAACUAUAGAUAAUACUCUCCCCAUGAUGCGUCACUAGUCCAUGAACUGGACGAUAAGUGCUCCAGGCCAUUUAGUCUCGCGCCGACGAUGGCCGUUUCAGUACUGUGUUCACCUGGAUCGCGAUACCGUUGAUAUUGGCAUAACAAUAACGGUGGUGGUGGUACGUCUUGCGGACGUGUGUGGGUGAUGGUGUCACGUGUUGGUGUCGUGCUCGUGUUUGAGCCCUGUUUCGUAAGGUCACGAGGCCGGUGACCACGCCGCCUUUCACGAGGUUCCCACAUUACACGACACUGGUGUCGUCACUGUCCAGCCAUGUCCCGUGCGGCGCCCCAGUGCCCGUUGUUCCGGUACAAACAGCGACGAAGUCGUGCACCACGCGAUGGCUGUGCCUGCAGCCGCGCUACCUUACCGACAGACCGUGCCCGCGGGCAUCCGCCCCCGCUCCUGCCGCCACCGCCUCUCCCGCCCCCGCCGACCCGCCCGCUUCCGCUCCUGGUCCGGUCC